AUGAAAUUAACCGGAGGAAACUAUCCAGCUCCAUUAAAAAUCCUAAAAACAGUACGUACAGGACUAGUAGAGGGACCAACGGAAGGAUAUACCGCGGAGUCGCAGAGCUUUGGUGAACUCAUUCAAACCCAUCAAUCCAAAGCUUUGGUUGGAUUGUUCACUGGAUCCACUGAGUGUAAGAAGAACAAAUAUGGCCAAGGAUUACCAGUGAAAGAAGUAGCUGUAGUAGGUGCUGGACUCAUGGGAGCUGGUAUUGCUAACGUUACGAUCGACAAAGGUCUGAAGUGCGUGCUAUUGGAUAUGAAUGAACAGGGUCUAGAGCGUGGUAGAAAUCAAAUCGCUAAUCAUCUCAAUGGUCAGAUGAAGCGAAGAAAGAUCAACAAACUGGAGAAAGAAAGAAUGGUUUCAAAUUUGGUUGCUUCCUGUGAUUACAACUCUAUGAAAAAUGCCGACAUAGUGAUAGAAGCUGUGUUCGAGGAUCUGUCGUUAAAACACAAAGUCAUCAAACAAAUCGAGGGUAUCGUUGGAAAGGAUACAAUCAUCGCAUCCAACACGUCCGCUCUACCAAUUAAGGAGAUUGCCAAGGCUUCAGCACGACCGGAUAAGGUUAUUGGCAUGCACUACUUUUCUCCUGUAGAAAAAAUGCAACUACUGGAAAUUAUUGUCCAUGAUGGUACGUCAAAAGAAACUUUGGCCACCGCAGCCCAAAUUGGAUUGAAGCAAGGCAAGACUGUUGUCGUCGUCAAGGUA